AUGUCUCCCGAUACCCAAAUUAUGCGCGCGCCAUCGCCCAUUGCUACCCUAUUAAACACAAAGGCUAUCUCUGAUACCCUCUUUUCCUAUUUGACCCCUGCCUCCCUCAUCCGCACAGCACUCACUUGUCGAGCUGUGAAGCUCGCAGUGGCCACCUACAUGCACGGCGCGUUCGACAUCAACAAGCAUCUAUCCCGCUUCUUCCCAGAUCCCGUCGCCUUUCGGUCUCUCCAGGCGCGUACUGGCUCGUUGAUCUCUGGCUCUAACGCCUUGCAGUUUCUGAAUCGCACGGUGUACAAGAAAUCCGACAUCGAUCUCUAUGUGCCACAAUGGAAUGCGAAAGUGAUGGUCGAGUUUCUUCAUUCACUGGGUUAUGAGUAUUGUCCGUCCCCCGAGUUACCAGAUCUGCAGGCAGCUCUGGAGCUCGACUCUCCGCCGGCUCAGUCUAGCAGCAUUUAUGAGUUGCGCGGCGUCAUAACCGUUUUGCGAUUCCUUAACCCAACGUUAAGCAAAGAUGGGCCUCUGGAGGUCCAGGUUAUGACCACGAAGGUCCCGGUCGAAUGUGUCCUGCAUUUCCAUUCUACCUGUGUCAUGAAUGUCAUCAGUUUCAAGGCGGCUUAUUCUCUGUAUCCUCGCGCAACUUUCGAGGACCGAUGCACUUUGGUUUGCACAUCGGAUAUCAAACGCAAAAACAUCGUCUUCACCAAGUACGGAACCCGGGGGUGGACUAUCUGCACGCGAGCCAUGGAGUGUUCGCGUUGGGAAAAAAGCUCGCAGUCGGCCUUUUCCCGUCGCAUCCGUCGCGUCGCCGACCGAUUCACAUGGAAGCUACCUCUUGACAUGACGGGGGUAGACGUGCCACUGCCGCGCUUUGGCGCCCUCGAGGCGCCCGACCAGGUCGUCGGAGAGUGCUGGUCGCUCGUACCCGAAUUGCCACUGGUUCGGUACAUGGGUCCCUCAAGACCGCGAUUUCGCGCGCCCCAUGCCCCACGAGCAGGUGUGCCGCAUUAUCAGAAGCGCUUCGUGUAUGGUGCGCGGACUCCCCCGCGGGUCGCGGCCCCGCGCGCUAUUCCUAGUCCUGAGCCACCAGCAUGGAGUCUGCGAGCGUCUGCGCCUGCCUUUCAGCCUCGAGGUAUCAAGGCGCCCGAGACCAUCACGGACGUCCAGGCCGCACUCAGAAAAUACAUGGAGCUCAGGCCGCAAGUGUCUGAGGGCCCCAAAAGUCGUGCGAGAACUCAGAAGCACGAGUCGUAUCAUCCGUCUGGAUCGAGAGCUGGAUUCGCUUCUGGCAAUUUCCUUUCCCAGUUCCAUAAGAUGAACAUCGUGCAAGCCGUGUGA